UGGUAAAAUGAAGGCCGUGAUAUGGCUAAAUAUUUUAUUUAUAGUAAAUGUCUACAGUACCUUACAAAGGGUAGACCCAUUAGUUUUAAUCAAGCAGGGUCUGGUAAAAGGAGUAAAAUCUAGUGAUGGAACAUAUUCAAAAUUUUUGGGAAUACCAUAUGCAAAAGUGGAUUUGGAUGAUCCCUUUGGGGAUGCAGUAGAUGCUCCGGAAUUCGAAGAAGUAUUUAACGCUUAUGACAACUCAAGAUUAUGUCCUCAAACCAGCUUUGGCACACAGAUUCUUGUUACUUCUGAUGACGAAAACCUUGACUGCCUUCAAUUAAGUGUAUAUGUGCCUAAUAAAGCCAGUGUUCAAAAUCCCUUGCCAGUCCUCGUAUGGAUCCACGGAGGUUACUUCCAUGCAGGAAGCGCUGGAGAUUUCACGGAACCCUACUUAGUCAAACACGAUAUCAUCGUCGUCACAGUGAAUUACCGUUUAGGACCUUAUGGCUUCAUGUGUCUUGAUCACCCAGCUGUACCAGGAAACCAGGGGCUUAAAGAUCAAUACGCGGCUUUAAGAUGGGUCAGAGAUAAUAUAGCUGCGUUUGGUGGAAAUCCUUACAACGUCACUAUAGCCGGUCAAAGCGCUGGUUCAGGCUCAAUUCUGCUACAAUUGUAUUCUAAUAAAGAAAAGUUAUUCGAUAAAGUUAUAGCGCAGAGCGGAACACCUCUUAGUCCGGACAUGUUUGUUCCGGGUGAUCCGGAUGUAGCAAUAAAGCUGGCCAAUUAUUUGGGUCUGAACACGACGGAUAAUCAGGAAGCCUUGGAUUUCUUGGCAAAAACUCACCAUAGUUUGGUCACCGGCGCUACCCACAGUUUGGGAAUGGAGUUUAGACCGUGCAACGAAAAAUCAUUCAGUGGCGUGGAGAAUUUUAUCGACACUGAUGCUUACGCUCUCUCAAAUGAAAAUAAAAUGAAAAAUACUCCCAUUCUAAUCGGUAACACUGACGUGGAAUUUAGAGAAUUACUAUUGAUCGACGGCGAUGAAUUUUUCGAAAAAGAUUUUUUCUACACAAGAUUAGCUGAAAAGUUCAAUCUUGAGACAGAUCAACUAGAAGAAAUUGCGAAGAUAGUGAGGCAUUAUUACAUCGGUGAUAGACCUAUUUCGAAAGAUAUCCGAUCCGAAGCAGUAGAUUUCCAGUCUGAUUUUGUAUUCAACCACCCUAUCCAGGACACGAUAACUAGCUUGCUUAAAGAUAAUGCCAAUCCAGUUUAUGAAUAUGUGUUUAGUUAUGUGGAAUCUGAGAAAGAGGGAGCUAUUCAUGGGGAUGAACUUUACUACUUGUUUAAUGUGAUGAUGCCGGGUAGUAAUGAUCAAUCAGAAUUCGAUCCUACGAUGGUUGACCGUGUAACUACGUUGUGGGCGAAUUUUAUUAAAUACGGAAACCCAACUCCGGAGACUUCCGAAUUGCUCCCCUUGAAAUGGUCACCAGUGACGGCCACCACCAGGCCGCACCUGAACAUUGGUGCUGAACUCCUUAUGGAGGAGAGGUUCCUGAAGGACAGGAUGGCUUUUUGGGACCUGUUCCAAACAGUCUACGGGAAGUACAGGAAAACUGUUCAUUAGUGUAAAGUGAAGUCUUAAUAAAAUUUCUUUGAACUAAAAAUAUAUAACUUUUAGUAAAAUCA